AUGCAGCCAAAUCACUAUGACCUGCUGGGUCAGGUGCAACAGGAUGAGUCCCGACCUGCCCCCCGGAUGACAAGAGAGGCUCAUCAGCCGCUUCGGGAGAACAUCCUUCAGUCACGGUCUCCAUCGGGUGCUGCGCUCACGAGAUCUGAAGAUUCGUGGAUCGAAGUAUCGUCCCAACCGUCCUCUUCCUCCCUUUCAUCCGCCGCAACAAAUGAUGAUAUUAUUACUACCGGCCUGCGUGUCGAGCGUACGGAAUCCAGGUCAUAUCAUCACCGUAGUCGGCGCCGUCGUUUGCAACAACUGGCAGCCGUGGCCACAGCGCACGUCGACUAUCCGCCCCGGGAGACCAGCAGUAGCCAGGAUGAAUAUGAAGAAAGUGAAAGUGAAUCGGAUCAUGUGCUUAGCAGUUCCAACGAAGACAUGACCCGCGCACCCGUUGAGAUGCCUCUCCUUUCGCGGACCGGGCCUUCCUUGCCCGAGCAAGAUGCGACCAUCUUGAGCGAUGAAGACGAUGCAUCAACGGCACUGGGGAUGCGGAUCAGCUCAUCGCCCUUUGUUCCGCAGCCCAACGUGUUUUCUCAUCCGCCCGCUUGCGAGAACCCUUCUUGGACGAGAGCGACGGGCACCCAUCAAUCCCAGCCCAGUACAGUCUCCAACUCGAGUCGGCAGACUGCGAUUCGAAGAAACUCACAGGCCAGACGGCCUUCGCAGCAUCAGCACAGCCCAUACAACAUGAUCUCACCAUCGUAUCAUGCAGAUCACGAUGCUGCUCUUCGUGCUAGUCUGUCCACACUUCUCUCAUGUGCGGCGGCCGCCAGGGGAUUGCCCAAGUCAGAUCCGCAGCCUUCGCCGGCUGGGCCUUCGAGAGGGGCCCCGUCAUCGUUCCGCCUGGUGUCCGAAUCGGUAGCGAUGGGCGAAGAGGAGGUCAGCGAGAAGGAGGAACAGUCUGCCACGGAGACCAGCUCGACCAGGUCUCGUCGCUCCAGCAAAAGGCACGCAGAUCCGUACCCGCAAAACUCGGCUCCUUGCACGCACAAGACCAAGCGUCGAUCCAGCUCGUCCAAGGAGCGAAACACCGGACAUCCUGCGGCCAAGAAGAGCCGUCGCGCGGGAAUGGCCGAGUCCAUGUCGACGGGCAGUCCAACCAUUAUGACGUGGGUCAUCAGCGCAGGCGUCGUGGUACUCUUUUCGGCCAUCAGUUUCUCAGCGGGGUAUGUACUUGGUCGCGAAGUUGGCAGGCUGGAGUCCAGCACUGGCGUGGGGACGGUCAUGGGAGAAGGAGGGGCGGGGGGUCUGGGAGGCAGGGUGUCGGCAGGCUGCGGCCAAGAAGCAGUUCGGGGCGGUUUGAAGCGGUUGCGCUGGGGGACGGGGUCUGGUGCAUCCGGCAUCAUUGCAUAA